GGAGGCUGCGGAGGGGGCGGGUCGCGUCAGGCGCCACGUCCGCAGCCGGAGGCCGCCGCCGCCGCCUGGGACCCAUCCUCGCGACUGACUCGGGAGCCCGAGGAGGAGGAGGAGCAGGAGGAGAAGCAUCUGGGUCGUGCAGCCGCCCCAGCCCGCCUCACGGCCUCCGCUGCCCCGGCCGCCCCUGCAGUCGUCGGUGCGGCCGCCGCUCCCUCCCUCCCUUCCUCCCUCCCUCCGCCCGGCCGCACCUCCGGCCUGACCCCGCGGUGAUCAUGAAUCAGGCAGAUAAAAAUCAAGAAAUUCCAUCUUAUCUUAGUGAUGAACCACCAGAAGGGUCGAUGAAGGAUCACCCACAGCAGCAGCCAGGCAUGUUGUCUCGUGUGACUGGAGGUAUCUUCAGUGUUACAAAGGGAGCUGUUGGUGCCACCAUUGGUGGUGUGGCUUGGAUUGGUGGAAAGAGUCUGGAAGUGACCAAAACAGCUGUUACAACUGUGCCUUCCAUGGGAAUAGGGCUGGUGAAAGGAGGCGUGUCUGCCGUGGCGGGAGGUGUGACAGCUGUUGGUUCUGCUGUUGUAAACAAAGUGCCCUUAUCAGGAAAGAAGAAGGACAAGUCUGACUAAGAAAUGAGUUUCACUUGUACACUUGCUCUCCAUAGCAUAUGAUGCCAGUGGCAUUGAACUGCUCAAUUACAGACUACAGCCAAGUCAACCGCUAAACUGCUGUGUUGAAAGUAUCGAUGGCUGGCUUCAUCUAAAACAAGAAGAGACCAAUACCAUCACAGUGUAUGGAGGCUUCUUAUACUUAAGUUCAGCUUUCUAUCUGGUAAAAUGUUACACUUACUCAGUUGUAACUGAAGAUAUGAUAUGUUUAAAUAUUUACUCUAAGUCUUUCAGUUUGACUAAAAAUGUGAAAGUUCAACUUAGUAGAUGACUUUACAGUUCCAUGUGUACAGUGUGCCAGGUAACUCAUAUGACCCUUACAAAGGGACUCUUGAACUACAUAAACUGUACCUUUGAUGUGCCUAAUAGUUUCAGAUGUCUUAGUUUUUUAUAACUAUAGUGAUUUAGGCCAAGAGGCAUUCUUAUUUAAGCUGGCAGAAAAGUAGCAGGAAUUCAGAAGUUUAGAAGAUAAAUGGUUUUAUGAUAGUGUUAAUUGUUUUGUGUUAAACAUUUGUUUAAUCAUUGAUGCCUUACAAAAGAAACAUCUUUUCUAAUACCUUAAAAAUGUGCAGUUCAUAUAAUUAUCAGUGAAUUCUUUUAAAGGUUGUAAAACUAGUUUUCCCUCUUAAGAAUCUCAGGAGUAUUGAGGUAAAGGCGUUUGCUGGUGUCAGUGGGUAAGAUAGUGCUUGUUAGCUGUUGUCAGGAGUUAACAUCGAACAUAUGCUUUAGUUGGGUUCACGAUCCCAUCAUUAAUACAGCCCACAGUGCCUAUGGAACAUUUCUUAGCUGAUCAAAAGCUGUGUGGGAAGAGUUUUAUAUUAAGAAGGAACAAGUAUUAAUUUUUAAGUUCUUAUAAUUAUCUGAAGCAUCUAAGAUAAUCCUUCAUGCAUAUUCUGUCUUUAGGAUGUCUUAAAUUAUCAGUAGCAAUUCCUUUAAAAAAUGCAAUAAAAGCAACCACAAAUA